AUGAAUGCCGCGCUGGAAGCUGCUCAUCUAAACUUCGCAUUCGGCGAGACAGGAGCCGAUGUCCAAGGCCUCAACAUCUCUGACUAUACCAUAUUUGUGCCCACCGACGCGGCCUUCGAGUCGAUUGGCUCUGUGCUUGAGUCUACAGACCUAGAGACGCUUCAGAAGGUUCUCCGCUACCAUAUUAUCCCCAACAAUGUCAUCUUUUCGCCAUCCUUGGGCAAUGUUACAGUCCCGUCUCUCCAAGGCCCCAACCUGACUUUCACCGUCCUGCCAGAUGGUUCUGCUUGGGUAAACAACGCGAGGAUUACUUUUCCCAAUACAAUUCUAUACAAUGGUAUCGCCCACUGUGUUGAGCCCGGGAGACUUCGACCGAGCUUCCUUACAAUCCUCUGCGCCAGCAUCUGA